AUGUACAAUCCUAUUAAGCUUACAAUAUAUCUUCCGUCUCCGUCCUUAUUCUCUUCAAUCUCUGUUAGCCUCAGUUACCACCAACCUCCUGACGCUGCCAUUACCUUCACCGGCAUCUGUUGUGCAUUUAUACCUUAUGUCGAGAUGAGAAACGCUAACUCUAUCUCGCUGCCACCAUCAACGCCACCAUCACACGCCGGAAACCAUAACCCUAAAGUGGCUCCACCAUCGGCACCAUACAUCUCACAGUAUAAACCAGAUCGAGAUCAUUUGUUUCCAGGUCCUGACUUUGGUGUUUGUUUCUUUGACCUCCCAUGA